GCAUGUACGCGGUGUUUUUAUACAUUUUUGGUGUUUCGUGUUUCUCGGGCAUAUUUACGUUAAUCAAAUGAACAUUAAACAAACAUAAUAGUGCGCGUUUAUGUUGUGUCGAAUGUUAAACAUUUUAAAUUGUUUUUUGUGCGCGACGCUUUCAUUGAAAUAUGGCUAACUAACGAAAAUAUCAAAUUGGAUUAUCGCAAGACGCAAUCAUAUUCUUUUGGUGUCUUCCAAUCGUGCUAAUGUUUGCCAACACUGCCACACUUAUGGCCAUUCUUCAGUCCAAUUGGAAUGGCUACAACUGCCCCUAGCUAACAAUUUAAUUGUGAUUGCACAAAAACUGUGUGUUCCUGAUAAGAAGAAGCCAACACUUUGUGGCACCUCCCUCUUCAGUCUUCAGCCCUGCAGCCCAGCCACUAACAAGGGGCACUCUUUAACAUGUCUGCUCAAACGGUCUAUCGUUGCCUCGUGCCUCACAUCCCGCCACAUACAGCAACGUAGAGUCUCUUCUGUUUUGCAUCUUUAUAAAUACGUACUACUUCCAAACAGACACAAUACCAUUAUUAGGAAUACACAAACAACUAUCGGCUUCUGGCAAAUAGAAAUUAGAGAGCAACAAGUGAGUUGUAAUUGAACAUUGUACAUUGAGAGAAACGCUUUGGAAACGUGUUUGUUGCCCGUUUGUCGUCUUGUUACUUCGUGAAUUUUCGUCGCCUGUCAGCAGCGUUUGCCGCAGACGGAGGACGAGAGCCGCGAAGCAACGAGAACAAGCCAAAGCCUCACCACGGACGCAUUUAUGGAUGCGGGCGGCCUGCCAGUGUUCCAGAGCGCCAGCCAAGCAGCAGCAGCCGCCGUCGCCCAGCAACAGCAGCAGCAACAACAACAGCAACAGCAACAUCAACAAUUGAAUCUCCAAUUGCAUCAGCAGCAUUUGCAACAGCAGAGUUUGGGCAUACAUCUGCAACAACAGCAACAAUUGCAACUGCAACACAAUGCACAGGCGCAACAACAGCAGCAGAUGCAAGUGCAACAUCAACAGCAGCAGCAGCAGCGACAACAGCAACAACAACAACAGCAGCAACAGCAGCAGCAGCAGCAGCAGCAACAACAACACUCGCCCUACAAUGCCAACCUGGCAGCAACAGGCGGAAUUGUCGGCGGCCUUGUCGCUGGCGGCAACGGAGCUGGCGGCGUUGCGUCUGCAGGAAAUGUCGGUGGACCCAACAGCAACAACAACAUCAACAUCAACAUUAACAGCAACAAUGGUAACAACGGCAACAACAACGGUAACAACGGCGGCAACAGCAACGCGCCUGGCGAUGCGAUGCCAACGAAACGGCAACCAAUUGUUGAACGCCUGCGACGGCGCAUGGACAACUAUCGACGAAGACAAACGGACUGCGUGCCACGAUAUGAACAAACCUUUAGCACUGUCUGCGAGCAACAGAACCAGGAGACAACUGCACUUCAGAAGCGUUUUCUCGAGAGCAAGAACAAGCGUGCGGCCAAAAAGACUGAAAAGAAACUGCCUGACACGCAACAACAAACACAAACACAGAUGUUAGCCGGACAGCUGCAGAGCAGUGUGCAUGUGGUGAGUCUCAUUUUAAGUGUCGCGAACGCUUAGUGUUAAGCUAAAAAGUACGUAAGUACCGUAAAUGUUAAUGCGAGUGCCAAUGUAAA